AUGGCGCGCACCAGACAAUGGCGACGAGGUAUCAUAUGGGAGCUAUCGCGUCUCAAACACCUGAAACCGACCACCGUUCGACGCAAGGUGCCUCAGAUGACAGGUGGUGGCCAAUGGACCAAACCACCGACCGCAUUUGACGCCCUUCCCACCGAAAUCGCGACCGACAUCAUCCUCGACGUCCUUGAAGAAUGGCUCAAGUACGACGUUUUGGUCCAUUCUUACACCUACACCUUUGUCUCGAUUCGACACGUCUUUGGUCACCCACUCUCAUCCCUGUGUCAAAAUUGGCGCCGACUGUAUCUGGAAAUCCUCUUAUGCUCCCCCUCGAUCCGGAAGCAGGUCGGCGUGGACUACAUCGGUUGCACCGUUGAAGAAGCUGCUGUAGUACGAGAAUGGCAUCCCGAUUUCAAGAUCGAAGGGGCCUUGCUUCUGCUGGGGGAUCCCAAUCAACCCCUCUCGACCAUUGGCAGCCAUGGCACAGACCAGGUCCCCGACAUCUCCUUUCACCAGCUCUUUCCAAGCGACCCGGAGAUUUUGUCCUCUGUAGUAGCCAUAGAGUGGUCAGAACCCGGUACAACCACCUCUCCUGCAGGGCCACCACCUAACAUCGAGCAACCCGUACUCGACAUCUGCCGCGGCGCGUGCAAAGAUACAUCCGAGGUGGCGAAGGUGGAAGAAUCAAACGGUAAUGCGGGAGUAGCCAGCACUGAGGGGGAGGAAGAGGACGAGGAUGACGAUCCUCAGGAAGAUUUAGAACAAGAUGAUCACAUCUGGGCACUGCGUCGAUCCUUCCUCGCAGAAGAGCUCGUCUCCUUCGCGUUUGCAUAUUGUUCUCGGCUUCUGGGAGCUUUGGCAGAGUUUACCAACCUUAAAAGGUUGGAACUUCCAGCUUGGCUUCUUGCGCUGGGCUACACUUCCGUGACCCAUAACCAACCAACGACGACUUUUCCGGUCUCCUCGGACACUUCGGUCGCCGUUGAUCGUCACCUUACCGACCUCGUUGGCGGAUAUGUCCUCCCAGACACGCUUUCUUCGCAGUUAUCCGCUUUACUCCGAAGAUUGGACUACGUCAACAUCGUCGGCUAUCCCUUCAGUAUCCUCGGUAUCUUCCUCCGUGAAACCGUCCCAUCUCCAGAAUUCAAGACAUGCUUUGGCCACGGUGUUGGAUGGGCCAUUGAGAGCCUCCUUCGGGAGCGUUUCAAGCAUUUAGUAGAAGGGAUGGUAUGUCCAUCGGUGUUGAAGACUUUGAAGGGUUUGGGAUGGAGGUCGAACUGUCAGUUCGAGACGGUGGGGUUCGACAGCGUCCUCCACGAACUGCUGGGGAUGAAAAUGGCUCCAUCCGAGUCCGACGGUUUGGUAUUCGAAGAAAUCUACGCUGCAAAUGUUUCGGACUACGGCCUCGUUCCAUCUCCGUUUCUCUCCAUCCCGAUUAUCGACAGCUCCGCGACGACACUCAAACGCCUCAUCCUCGACCUUCGAUUCGACGAGUACGGGGAAAACACCCCUCUCGAAAGCAAUCGCCAAAAACAGGCGAGCAAUGGCCGCACCCGUCAUCACUGCAUGCUCCUCCGCCGCUUUGAUGAGCUGCUUCCUAACAUCGAGUACAUCGACGUCACCGUUCCCGAGAUCUGCACUUCGCUUUUUGGUGGACCUCCUUGUCGACCAAAGAAACGCAAUGGGACGUUUAUUGUGACGGUGUGUCGGUCAUCGGCGAGGGGCCAAACUUGUCCGAGAGCGCUUGAGGUCAGCGAAGGCGAGGCGGAUUCGGGUGGGGAGGUAGGGAAGGUUUUGAGGACGAUGGAGGCUCGCGUGGUCCCGGGUUUAGUUAAAUUGUCGGAACCCCAUUUCAGGGAAAUGGAUGACUGGGAUGUCGAGUUCAGGAUUCGGACGAGAGAAACUGCUUCCGGGAAUCGAAGUUCCAAUGGGCCAUCUGGACUGGAAAACUCCAUGCCCCCCAGACAUAUAGUCGUGAUCUCCCCUUUUACGGAGACGAUCUCAAUGAUUAGGUUGGAAAGGGCAGAACUGGCGGAGAGGGCGGCCAACUCCACUAGGACGAGGCGGUGGGACCAGAUCGUGUACUACGCCUCGAGAAGGGAGUACGGCGAAUGGCUUGAUGACGCUCUGGCUGCAUACGGUGAAUCCAAGAUGGUAGGGAUGCGGUGGUUGGAUUAUUCAUGGGAUACUCGCGUACAGGAAAGGAAUUAA